UUUCUUUCCAAAGCUGCUUUGCAAAUGGCAAGAGCCCCUUCACAAUCUUUCUACUAGCUAGCCAGCCACUUGAUCAUCUAAUCUCCAUCUAUCUAUCUCUUGGUUGACAAUACCUGAUAAGCUAUAGUCCUCACCAUGACGUCGGUAUCAGGCCUUGAGGUUGACAUCCAUAUCAUUGAGGGUCGAAACCUCGUUGCGAAAGAUCGCAAUCUCAUGUUCCAGAAAACCAGCAGUGAUCCGUUUGUGAAAAUCUUUCAUGGCGACAAGAGAAUCGGCAAGACCAAGGUCAUCAAAAAGACACUCAAUCCAGAAUGGCACGAACAGUUUCAUCUCCACAUUGAUCAGUACGACUUUCUGAAUUAUGUCGGUAAUGGUGCCAACAAGUUCAAUCUUCAAAAUGCCAAAAUCCCACCCAUCAUGCUGUAUCUGUUUGAUGAAGACAAGGCUUCGGCCGAUGAUCCCAUGGGAACCGUCGCCAUCCCACUGGAUCUACUGGUGGAACCGAAGCAACAAUGGCUCAAAGUGGAAAACGGAGAGGGAAAAAAUUACUGUAGAAAUGCAAAGGGUGAAGUCUCGGUUUUGAUCAAAAUCCAGGCCCAACAAGUGCUGCAGCUUAUCAAAGGAAAUAUCCACCCCAUGAAACAUGAUCAAGUUACGGUGGGGUUGGCAUGGGAACCACUCAACCAAACCACCCAAAUUGAUUUGGACGCCUCUUGCGUGGCCUUGAGUACCACGGGAGAGGUCCUGAUGGAGCAUACGGUUUACUAUGGGAACCCUUUCAACCCCACCGAGUGCAUACUUCACACGGGAGACGAAACCACGGGGGACAAAAAGGGUGAUGAUGAAAGCAUCAUUCUGAAUCUAAAAUACAUCCCGGAUGAGGUCCUCUGCUUGUACCUGGUGCUGAGUGUCGUCACUCCCAACUAUACCCUGGCACAAAUCCAAUCCACCAUGGUUCGCUUCUACUACUUUGGUGGGGACAAGGAGGAACACGGCAUCUGCCGUAUGUCUCCCUCUCCCGAAAACACAAAGGACACGAGUCUCAUCUUGGCGAGGCUUUCACGGGAUCACGACCGACUGUGGGAGCUCAGUCCAGUCGAAGUGGGCACCAGUCCUGCCCGUGACUUUGGAUCACUAAUACCUCAGAUCAAGUCACUCACCAAAGACUUGUUGCCCAGAAUCAAAAUUGACCCCGCAGAGCGGGUGGCCAUUAUGAGAAAGGAUGGUGGUGUGAUUCGUAUUCAGGACUUUUGUCCUGCCCAAGUCUUGCCCGUGACAGUCUCCUUUGGGUUGGCGUGGGACGUUACGGAUGGAAAAUCCAUCGAUCUCGACGCAUCCGUCAUUUGCUUGGAUGCCGAUCUAAAAGAGGUCGACAUUAUCUCCUUUCGAAACCUAAAGUCCGCGGAUGGAGCCAUUCUACAUCAGGGUGAUCAGACCACUGGAAAGGCUGCUGGCGAUGAUGAAACAAUUGACAUUCUACUGGAGAGUGUAAGUUCCAGAUGCAAGUACAUUGGAAUCAUUGUCAAUUCAUACUCGGGUCAGGAGCUGGAUGACGUUGCUCGAGCUUCCUGUCGUCUCUAUGAUACUGAGACUAGGGCGGAAAUUGCGCGAUAUGCACUUACGGAUUCCAAAGAGCUGGACAAGCAUACGGCUCUCUUGAUGGGUUGUCUCUACCGCAGUUCUAACGGGCAAUGGCUUUUGGCCAUCAUCUCCGCUCCGGCGCACGGGAGAAUGGCGGAAGACAACGUUGAUGAGCUGCAAAAAUGGCUACGCAGGAACCCACCACCGAAUGCACCCACUGUCGUCGUUCAGGAGGUGCCUGACAAUGACCUCGUUAGCAUGCCUGACCACGUACCACACGACACAGAAAAAGAAACCGUGUUGGUCCCCAGCACUUAUUUGCAGUAGUUGCUGCUGGUGCAGUGUUCCGUACGAGAGGGGCAAGCGCAAUGAACAAACUCUACAUGUAGGAUGCAUCGGAAACGUCCGCUACAAACCAGAAGGUCCAUGUACAGAGGAGCAAUUCAAUCAAAAAGGUAGACGGCAACGAACAGAGCAAACUUGCAUGUUUUGAUGCGUGUGUUUUAUUAGUGAAGAGUCCAUGUUUUGUUUCAUUAAUUUAAAGUUUCGAAUCCUCCUAAUCUGUGCUCUUCUGACAACGAUGAAAGAAGCCCGCAUCGUCGCUCGCUUUGCUGUAGUUUUGUCGUCUACGACCUUCCGAACAAGAAUCCCAAACCUUUCUGUAGGCCUCCCAUACCAGUGGAGAAUCCUUGCUCGUCACUUUCGUUUUCUUGCGCAUUCUUCUUUCCGUACUUUCGCAGCUGCAUCUCGGUGAGACCACGGUCGGAUUGCACAGGCAGCAGGGCGAAUCGACGCGACGACGGCAAUGGAUUGUUGAUCCAAGGCGUGGCGUUAGAUGCAGUGGUGCCCAAGUCGGCUGAUGGAACGUCGGUUGAGCUUGACGCAGCAUCACUUGCUCGUCCCAACAACGAAGUAAGGAACAAAUCGAUAGCCUCCAGUGCACGUUGAUGCUUCUCUGGGAUGGUUUUGGCAACGGCCCCUGCCCUUGGGAAUGGAGUGAGCUUCCGAUCAGUAUCACCCAGUAAUUCUUCCAGGGAAUUUUUGGAGUUUCCUAGGAUAUCUUCCCUGGCUUGUCGCUGUUCAAAGAUUGCCGCAAGGUCGCGCUCCAAACGUUCAAAGUAGCAUGUUUUUACGAAUGAAAGAUCCGCUUUGAGCUGUAGCAAGGACGACACCGGCGGGUUCUUGUACUUCUUCUUGUUGUUGUCAUCUGUUUCGCUCUGGCGAAAAUCGUGCUCUUUUUGUGCAUCCUGGUAUGCUGCGACUACAAGGGCCAACGACUGGCGCACCAGCGACCAACGGAUGGUGUCCUUCAUUGUGGGAAUCUUGCCUCCCUCUGGAUCAGAGGCAUCCACAACAAUGCCAAGAGAAGUUGCAUACUCCAUCGAAGGAACCGGAAGAAGGGAAUCGGUGGGGAAGAUGGUCCCGUUCAACACGGAUGACACAUCCAAAAUGUACCCGACGACCAUCGGGGACACUUUCUCGAUUGCUCCAUUGGACCCUGGAGAGGCUCCUGUGUUGUACAGGCGAUUCCAUUCGUCAUCUGUCGUAGUAGAGGCAACUUCGUAGAAAUUGGUGAUUCGGGCAGACAGCUUUUCCACUGAAGGACGCAGGGACGCCUUGGCCCAACCCAAAAAGCAGUUUUCCACAAUGUCAUCUAGGGCCUGCUGGACAGUACCUAAUGCACUGUUGGUGCCAGCGUUGUCAUGACGCAAUCCUCGUGCCGUCAAGAGCGCCAAUUCGCUGAUGGUCACAUUAGCGGGCGCAUCCAUGGACGAAGAAAGGGGAACACUCGCAUUUGAGCUGUCAUAGGACGAUGCAGCGGCUAAAUCCGACGACGACUGUGGAAUUUGCUGCUGUUGAAUAUCGUAUUCCGCUCCCAACAGCAGUGUCUCCUUGACCAUCUCCGCUCCGUGAAAGGGUGUUCCCGAAAAGGCACUCUCGACUGCUUCCAUGGCUUCGGUAAAUGUGAUCAAUCCAUCAUCAUUGUCAUCGGCCA